AUGGCCUUGCUGGACUCUUAUAUAAUGAUUUUCAUAUGCAAGGGGAGUCACCCUAUUACUCUUCCAGAUCCUGUUUCCCACUCAACAGCACACAGCAAUCAAGAAGCAACAGGACAGCUUACACAACUGACACCAACAACAGUAUCAACUAAACCACCUACAGCAGUAAAAGCCAACCACCCAUCAAGCAAAAGAAGUUUGUCAUCACCAGUUCAGACUGCUGUCAUGAGUGUCCAGCCAGUUCCCGGACUAGGUUAUCUGCGACGAGAUCAGCUCCGUAGUGAGCUGCGCAUUCGCGGCAAAGCUUUAGAUGGCACCGUUCCCGAGUUGGCGUCGCGAUUGCAUGCGGCGCUCGGGUUACCGGUCAACAUUGUCGCGGACAAUUUUCCGGCAUUGGAUACACAUCCCACCACCAGAGUCAUCACUUGGCAAAAGGCAGGGAUGCGUCUCAUCUGUCUGUGA